CAACACCCUACCUACAGGUAUGCUCUGUGGCUGGAUGACAUGCACCUGCAAACAACACUUGUCUUAUCCCAGAGAGCCAUCAUUGACUAGCAUAACACUGUCUGCAGCUAUUUUGCCAGGCCAUCCUGGGUCCUCUAAGAGUCAGAGCACGUCAGAGCAGAUGGACCGGGUGCCAAACCGUCCGGGCGUAGGCAGCAGCGACACCGCAAAUGAGACGACGUCACUGUUGUGUGAUAGGUCGAGCGUUGACGGGGAUGAUGAGAGCUCAGAAACUCAGGUGAACUGUACCGGCAACACCUUGCCGACCUACCAGCACAGGUGUGACGAGUUGAGGAAGUUGUUCAAAGAGGUGCCAGACUCGGAGAGACUCCUUGUUGACUACCCAUGUGCACUCCAUCGAGACAUCCUCCUUCAGGGACGUCUCUACCUCACAGACAACUGGCUCUGUUUCUACAGCGUGUUCCGAGCCACGAAGAUUGCCCUGUUCCUCAAGGACAUCGAACAAAUGACCAAGGAAAAAACCGCUCGGCUGUUUCCCAACGCAAUCGUAUUCUGCACGAAAACCGAGAGGCUCUUCCUGGCGUCCUUCUCAGCAAGAGAGAAGAGUUACCUGGUGGUUUUCCGUAUGUGGCAGAAUGCGCUGUUGGGCAAGACGCUGACCUCCCAAGAGUUUUGUCAGAUGGUCAAGCAGCAUUAUGGCAGCGAGGCACUGAGCCACGAGGAGAUGGAGAGCUUACAGUUGACUGCUGAAUUCAGCAUGCAGAGCAGCGUAGACGGUGGCGAUGACAGCUUGCCCAGGCCGGAGACGUCCACCCCCCAGGAGAAUGACGUAACGUCACCGAGUGGCUCAUUCACUCAGGAGGAUCCUCGCUCUUCUUCUCCUUUUCCGGAUCGGAACCCCAAUGGUGUGUCGGAGGAGAGUGUAUCGGAGAGUGUGGAUGAAGAGGAUCGUGUGGGCCUGUCACAAGAACAGGGUCGUCUUUACCUCAACAAAGUCUUCCACAUGAGCGCCGGCCGAAUGUUCGACUUGCUCUUCACAGACUCUCCCUUCAUUCGCAGGUUCAUGAAUGUGCGAAAGAUAACCGACCCCAGCUUCACAGCAUGGCAGGAAGACACCACGGGGAACUCCAAGAGGAGCCUAAACUACACAAUCACCAUCAGCAACCCUCUGAUUGGGAAGUUCUCCACGGCCACGGAGAAUCAGACGCUGUACAAAGAGUCGCAGGAUGGUCACUUUUACCUGGUGGACUCCGAGGUGUACACCCAUGACGUCCCCUACCACGACUACUUCUACACUCAGAAUCGAUACUACAUCAGAAGGCACUCCAAGCACAAGUGUCGCCUGAAGGUCUACACGGAUGUCAAGUACAAGAAGCAGCCGUGGGGCCUGAUUAAGUCCUUCAUCACCAAGAACUCCUGGAAUGGAAUUGAAGAUUAUUUCAGAGAACUUGAGGCUGAACUUCUGGAGGAGGAGGCCGAGAUCACACAGGGAAGCGUGGACUCCGGGCAGAUGGGCGGGCGGCUGCGGCGGAGGAGGCACACGUACGGCCGGAUCUCGCCGGAACACAUGAAGCCCAACAAGCAAGUGGCCAUCCAGCGCAGAGAUGGCCCAGCGCAGAUGAACAGCCCUCACAGAUGGAACAUCCCAACAAUCGUGGCUGGAAUGAGUGUGAUUUUGCUGAUUCUGACCGUGGUAAACGUGGGCUUGUUCUGCAAGUUGUGGGCAAUGGAGGACGUGGCCCACCGCAUGUACCUGACGACAAAACAUCGCCUGAGGGAGAGGAGCGAGGCCAGCGUGGUGCCUGAAUAUGGUUCAAGACCGGAUCCAGCCUACAUGACCAGAGAGGAGGCACAGCUGCUCAAAACCGUACUGCAGGACUCAAUCAGCCUUUUAGAACAGUUGCGCAGUUCUCUCGUGUUGCUGCAGCAGAACUUUGCGUUGGCCAAUCAAACGGCUGUGAUGCAGUGACGCCUCCGUGCCUGCAGGGUGAUGUAAAGCUGAGCUGCCUGUUGGGAAACUGCUGGUGCGUGGUGACGUUGGCACCGUGACACAUGCUAUGACGUUUAUUUUACUGUUUAUUCAGCCUACGGGAUGUUUUUAAUGCUGCGGACUAACUUCUUAUAAAUUAACAGCAAAGUAAUGCUAUGUGCCUGUGUGUGAGUUGCAAAUGUAUAUAUUUUUGUUUUAUUACCAGAAAGUCGAUCAUUAUUUAAAAUGUAUUUGUUUACAAGUUUGCACAUUUUAAUUUUUGCACAAGACCUUUAUGUCAAGCUCUGUUUUUAGAUCAAUUUUAAUUUCUUUAAAUGAAUUGCAUUAUCUGCAUUUCGCGUUGAAAAUACUGUGAUAUUAUUGUUCUGUUUUCCUUGUUUGGGCAGGUAUGUUAACAAAUCCCACAUAAAACCACAUUUAAUGUAUUGUAGUCUUUGUGCCUGCCACGCCUGAUGUUAGAGGUGCUCUAAAACCAUGAUUUCCACUUUCCUUAAUUAACUUGUUUGGACAUUUCCACCUUUUCUGCACACUUUUAACCACAUUUAACCUUUUGUCACAAAAUGGCACACAGGAGCCGUGGUACUACGCAAAUGUUAAAUUCAGGUUUGUCCACUUUCAUGUUUACAUUCUUGCCUUCCCUGUUCGCUUUUGGCCACAAUGCACUUUUUUUGUCAAUAAACAAUGAUUCUUAGUCUUGAUA